CUUUAUAGUUUCGUUCAUUCAAGAACACGAUCUCGAAUUUGUAUCUUAGCCCUAAUUGAAUAGUCAUUAAAAAUGUUCUGGCGUAGUAUUUCUAGUGUUCCCCUUAAAUUACGCGGAAGGUACAAAAUCCCAAAGUUUUGCAGAGCGAUACACAGUUUAUUAGACGUUCACCCCAACAUUAAAAAUGCGCUAUCUGAGCGAAAACCUGUUGUAGCGUUGGAAUCUACAAUAAUCACACAUGGCAUGCCAUAUCCACAUAACAUGGACACAGCACUCGAAGUGGAAGAUGUGGUAAGGUCGGCUGGAGCUACGCCUGCAACUAUUGCCUGUAUUGAUGGACGACUUAUGGUAGGCCUAUCAAAGGAAGAUAUAAAAAAACUAUCGGAAGUUCAUAAAUUAGAUGUGCUGAAAUGUUCAAGGCGAGACCUGCCAUAUGUCGUAGCCAAUAGGAAGUGUGCCGGCACCACGGUUGCUGCUACCAUGAUUAUUGCACAUAUGGCUGGUAUUCGAAUUUUUGCAACAGGUGGUGUAGGAGGAGUUCAUCGUGAUGGCCAUAUUUCACUUGACAUAUCAGCUGACUUAGUAGAACUGGGACGGACACCUGUAGUUGUUGUUAGUAGUGGCGUUAAAUCGAUACUUGACAUUCCACGCACCCUGGAAUUUCUGGAAACGCAUGGCGUAAGUGUCGCUUCCUUUGGCAAUGGCGGUCGUUUCCCAGAUUUCUAUACCCGUGAUAGUGGUUGUAAGGCACCAUAUAAUUUGGAAAGUCCCGAAGAAGCGGCAUUUUUAAUCAAAGCUGUGGGGGAUUUAAAUUUAAAAUCCGGCAUGCUUAUUGGAGUACCUAUACCUGAGGAGUACGCUCUGGACAAAGAGGUUAUAAGAAAAGCAAUCGACACAGCCUAUGCAGAGGCUUUAGCAAAAGGCAUAGAAGGAAAGAAUGUUACACCUUUUAUGUUAGCUGCUGUAGCGGAUAUAACAAAAGGAAGUAGCCUUAAAGCCAAUAUAGCUCUUAUAAAAAAUAAUGCCAAAGUUGCGGCUAAGAUAGCAUGCGAGCUGAGUAAUUUCCAAAGGAGGGAUAAAAUCGUUGCCACUUCGAAUAACAACGAUAGAAAUAAACCGAUGGUAAUUGGCGCUUCCAUAAUUGAUCAUUGUUUGACUAUGUUAGAUGAUAGCCCUCUUGCAUUAGAUGGUGCAACAUAUCAAACAAAUGCCAAAGUAUCAGCUGGAGGCGUGGGACGGAACUUGGCAGAGAGCAUACACAAAUUGCAUGGAAGAACUAGUUUUAUUUCCGUGGUUGGCUGUGACCACACCGGUAAAAGUCUGUUAGAAUUAAUGCCCAAGUCCCUAAGACCCAAUAUACAUAUCGAUAAUGAAAAUACUACCUCAAUAUGCUCCAUUCUCUUCGACAGAACGGGUAAUUGUAAACUAUGUUUGGCUAACAUGGAAAUUCACAAGUCUAUAUCACCACAGUUGAUAAAGAAGCAUGAGCAAGAAUUUAUAACAACACCUCUUGUAGUUAUAGAUGGUAAUUUGUCUUUAGAUGCUAUGCAAUCUGUACUGGAGCUUUCAAGGAAAUAUAAAAAACCCGUCUUUUUUGAACCCACCGAUAUGUUAAUAGCUGGAAAACCGUUUCAGCUGAGCCCAGAAAUUUCGCAGCAAAUACGUUUUAUAUCUCCUAAUGUCUAUGAACUUAAAGCUAUUGUCGAAAAACUAACCGAUCAAACGAUAUCGUGGGAUCCAAACAAUUCUAUGGGUGGCGGACAAACCCGUUUAAUAAACGACUGCAAGGAUUUGUUAAAGCUUAUAGAAAAAAAUUUUGAUUGCAUUGUUGUUACGUUGGGUGCCCACGGAGUCCUGGUCAAUAUGCGCGGUAGUAGUUUUACGCAUAGAUUUUUCAAUACCAAGUCGCACUCCUACACUGCUCCGCCUUCAAAAAUCGAAUUUAGAAGGCGAUUUUAUAAGGCUCCUACCGUGUCAAACAUCAGUAAUGUUUCUGGAGCUGGUGAUGGUUUUUCCGGCGGAUUUAUUACAGGACUUUUACGAGGUUUUAGUGUCGACGAAAGUAUAUCCUUUGGGUUUGUGGCAGCUACAUCGGCACUGCAAUCUGAAUCUGCUGUUCCAGUACAAUACUUUAGCAACGAAGAAGAAGAAAAGAAAAUGCAAGAGAAACAACUGCGUGAUUUAAGAUCUAUAGAUAUUUAAUGUACAUUGUGGUCUAUAUAAAAUGUGUUAUUUCCGCUAUUUUUAAAAAUAAUGGUAACUGUUGCAUUUACAUAAAAUUAAAGUAAUUAAUAAGCCCACCUGUGAAUUAAAAUUUUAAAUGAAUUAGAAAUAAUCGUGUCAGCUAUUGCCACUGGCUACUUACAA